UACGGUGUUACCCUUCCUCGGCUGCCCUCGCAUCCUCUCUCUCUCUUUCCCAUCAAAUCGUCGUCCCCAAAUCGGAAGCCGCCGAACCCUCGCUUCUCGGGGACGCGGAGCGGCCAGCCGGCCACCUUCCACUGCCUCGAGCUCCUCUCCUUCUCCGGGUUGGUGUGGCGUGGAGAUCCAUCCUGGCCGACCUCUUUCGCUAGGCGAGAUGUCUGAGUACCAGAACGUCGUUGGGGGUAGGCUCAAGCUGAAGGGGAAGGCGCUGGAUGUGAAGGAAGGGGGAGUCAAGAAGAAGAAAAAGAAGAAGCAGCACCGCGAGGAGUCAUCUGAAGCCGGGCACGGAGAGCUUCACCAAGGUGGAAGCUCUGAAGUACCAGCUGACCCUAAUGAUGAAUUGACUGAAGCUGAUAAGAUGGGAGAAGAAGGGAACCUGCAAGGCGACUAUGAUCACCUCACCCCAGCUGAGAGGCGUUACAUGGAGCAGAAGCAGAAGAUUGACAUGCAUAAGCUAGCCAAAGUAGCCAACAAGUCACACAGGGACCGCAUCCAGGACUUCAACCAAUACCUGGCAAAUCUUAGCGAGCACUACGACAUCCCAAAAGUUGGCCCUGGUUAACUUUGCCUAUUCAGAGCUUCGCAGGAAUGCUUCCUAUGCUGUACCCAUCCAGCCAUCUGUUAGCUUGUGAUGCUCCUACCUGUAUUGUUCUAAAACAUUUGGUUGUCUUCGAGUGUUGUAUUUCGAAAACCCAAACCAUGUUUAAUUCAAGUGUUCGUAUUCUGAGUACUGUAGUUUUCAACCUUAUUGACUGCAGUUGAGUUCUUUACAAUCUAA